AUGGAGACUGACCGCAUUCAUUCGAAAAGAUCCUUUGCGCAGGUAGCAACCGCGAAUACCAAUCCUUACAUAUACAGUCACCCUUCCGGAUGCCACAGCUCUUCUGCUCUUUGUGAUCGACCGCAGAGAGGCGCAAGUGACCGUGGGCGGGCGUUGUCGACCAAACGCCGAUUGACUGCUCUUUCGACCAUCAAGAUGCCCGUCCAAGCAGGUCCCUCGCUAGUUUACGCCUCGCUCCCUUCCUUUGUCCGAGACUUCAGUGAUUCGGCCCAUUACACCUCGAACAAUUCGCAGCAGCAUCCAGAAGACUGUUCACUCUUGGCACAGUCGUUGGGGCACACUCAAGAGAACAGCUUUGCUCCUACAACCGAGCAUCCUAUUUCCUUCGAACAUCGUGAAAGCGUAUCAUCGUCGGGAAUCUCAGAGUCGACCGAUUCUUCGCCUACAACUACAAUCUCUACCUUUGACACCACAUCUGUGACGGACACAUCGCCGAGCUCUUCCCCCGAAUCACCUUCGGCUCUGCAAUUGCCCUAUCCGAAGUCGAUCAGAAUACCUGAAAUCACAGAAAGAAUAGCCAUGUUCUCAGAUGCACCAGCUUCUACCUUGGCUCCCUUGUCAGCGAUGAUUCCUACGACUCGACCAGUGUCACCAGGAAGACGAGCUCGCAACCUCAAGAAUCUGUCUUUAAAGAUGCCAUGCCAAAUAUCACGACCUGCGAUUUCUACAGCAUCGGUAGUCGAAGCCACAAGCCAGAACUAUUCCGCCCCUCCAUCUCCCGUUCACAGACCUGCAAAGACCGCUCGUCGAAAACCCGCAAACCUCACAAUUCGCACUCCCGCAUCGGAUCAAAUCACAUUCGCUCGUAACAUUACAGACAUUAUACCCCCUACUCCAAGUAUUUCGCGACGCUCUCUUCGACAUUUCGAGUCGUCGCCUUCUUUAUCUAUCUUUUCUCCGACUGUCGCUCCAUUGAAUGGCAUGCAACUACCUAGACCUGUCACACGAGAUGGCGCUCCUUUAAUGCCUGGCACAAGUAACGGAGGAAGAUGA